AUGCUUUCCCGUCAACUGAUCGGCAAUCGAGAUCGCGCUUUCGGCCACCCGCUUUCGUACCCGAGGUGCCAAACUGACCCCAUCCGGUCUUUGCUGGAUGCAGAGGCUGCAAAUUGUGCAGGACACAAUCGGCGCAGGUGUGGUUUGACCCUGCUUUCCGCACUCGCCCUGCUGAGACAAAGAAAUGUUCGGGUUUCGACCCGAGCUGUGAGGAGCAAGACCGGCACGUGGAAGCGGCGCAAAAACUCUGAGCUUUACCGGGAGCUGGAAGCCGACUCAGAGAUAGCAGGAGAAGCACCACGUGCAGCGGCACGGCAGAAACCCGAGGUGCUUGCCCCAGCCGGCGGAUGGCCUCAAUUGCGUGCGGCCGUCCGUGCUGGCGCCGAUGCUGUCUACUUCGGCUUGGACGUGGGCCUCAAUGCGCGUGCACGAGCUGCAAACUUCACCGCUGACGAACUGACAGAAGUAAUGCACUUCCUUCAUUCCCAUGGGGUGAAGGCCUAUGUCACACUAAACGUGCUCGUUUUCGACCAUGAGCUCUUCGACUCUGCAGAUUCAGGUCGUCCAGGCAGCGGCACAGCCAUCCAAGCGCUUCAGGUGGUGGGGGAUGCAAACGUCGAUGCACUCAUUGUACAAGAUGUUGGCCUGGCAUUGGCCUGUCGAGAGAUAUGUCCUCACGUUCCAGUACAUGCCUCAACACAGAUGUCAAUCACGUCUGCACCGGGAGCAUUGUUUGCUCGUGAACUGCUGGGCACCGAGCGUGUCGUGCUGGGGCGUGAACUGAGUCUCGACGAGAUCGCAGGCGUUUCUCGAGAUGCCGCCAAUGUGGAGAUUGAGGUGUUUGUCCACGGGGCUUUGUGCGUAUCCUACAGUGGGCAAUGCUUCUCAUCGGAAGCUUGGGGCGGGCGUUCGGCCAACCGUGGGCAAUGUGCCCAGGCCUGCCGGCUGCCAUAUGGGUUGAUCAAGGACGGCGAACUUGUGGAUUUGGGUGAUGCUACUCGAUACCUGCUCUCCCCACAGGAUCUGAUGGCAUUGGAGUACGUACCGGCUUUGAUCGAAGCAGGGGCAAGCUGUUUCAAGAUCGAGGGCAGACUAAAGGGGGAAGAGUAUGUGGCCCUUACUACAGCGGCAUAUCGUCAGGCUAUCGAUCGUGCUUGGGAGCCUGACGCAUGCGACGCUCCGAGGCUGGAAGGCCCCGGAGCCGAGCUGCUGGAGACACCCGAAGUCACCCGCGCUUCCUUGGCGCAGGUCUUCGCCCGUGGCCAGGACUCCGAGAACGACGGCCUCUCUCCUGGAUUUUUGGAGGGGCCCAAACACCAGCGCCUUGUAAGGGGACUGGCACCCAAGCACCGAGGCGUUCUCGUAGGCCGCGUCCGAGCGGUUCAGGCAAAGACCAAGUCCUUCGCUCUCGAGUUGGCUCCGGGUGCCAUCUCUGUCCCCUUGAGACCCGGAGCUGGGAUUUUCUUCGACACCGGCGAGUUCGGCGAUGAUGUCCUGGGAGCGAAGAUCUCGAAGCUGAGGCUGCCCAAGGCUGGAGUAGUGGAAUCCAGUGCGGGCUUGGAAAAAGGAACAAUUGUCUUCGUGCGGCUGGAGUUUUUUGGUGAGACAGCACGGGAACGCUUAAAGCGGUUAGGCUCGGAGGUGAAGCCUGGAGAUUACGUUUGGCGAAACAAGGACGAAGCAUUGGAGGAGCGUGCGAGGAUGAUCAAGCUUUCACACCUGCCUGUCAGAGAGGCACCUCCUCCGCGACUCUCCGCUCGGACGCAGACACUGAAGCCUGGCUCUGCACAGGCGGCGGAGAUAUUGAAUUCGUUGGUUUCUCCUCCGCUGCCACCAUUGGAGCAGCAGAAGACGACAUCGUUCAUGCAGUCCGAGCUGCCUGUACCUCGCUUGACGGUCCUGUGCCGCAGCCCAGAACAAGCAGCUGCUGUACUGGCACUACCCAGGGGCUUGGUCUACGAGUUGCAACUGGAUUUUCUGGAGGUCAACGGCCUGCAGGAAAGUGUUGCAGCUGCACGCGCUGCAUUGCAGCGUGUCGCCGUUUGCCUGCCGCGCAUCAUCAAGCCGAACGAGGACCGCCUUUGGCAGUUCUACCGCCGCCUGGAAACAGAUGCUUUGAUAGUGCGGGGCAGCGGAGCUUUGUACCAACUGCUGGGCUUGGGAGACCAAGGGGAAGGCCACCGCUACGAUGGCCCCGACGUCGUCGGUGACUUCAGUCUGAACGCUGCCAACGCCGUGACUGCCGGCUUCUACUUGGGCUUGCCAGGAUUGGAGCGCCUCACACCGACGCACGACCUCAGUGCUAUGCAGAUUUGCCAGAUGGCCAAACGCCUGGGCCCAGACAGAGCUGCCCGCUUGGAGGUCGUAGCUCAUCAGCACCUGCCCAUCUUUCACACGGAGCACUGCGUUUUUGCGCGCUUCCUGAGCAAGGGGAACGACUUCACAGACUGCGGCCAUCCUUGUGAGCGAUCCUCGCUGCAUUUGCGGGACUCCAAUGGCAAGGACCACAAGGUCCUUGCAGACAUGGGCUGCCGAAACACAGUCUUCAACGCAAAGGCGCAGUCUGCAGCCAUGGACCUGGCAGCAUUCGCAGCUGCAGGGGUGGGCCCCUGGGACGAAACCUACUUGCAAAGUCGACAGUGCUUUGCCCAUGAUCCGAAAGCAUUAGUGCCCAGCGCUGCUUGGGACUGUCGAGCCUCUGAGCCUUCUGUUGAGUUCAUUGAGAUUUGGAACCUUUAA